AGCGCAUGCGCAGACGCAGGUGGCCCGCAGACGACCAAGAGCAGAAAAUACAAAGUGUCUUCUUUUUUCUUUUUUCGUCAUAUGUUUUUUACAUCCAUCGCUACGUCUUAUUGUUUUGUUUGGAUCACUAUUCUCAGUUGUGCACCAAUUUCAAGCCUUCCCGCCUCUUCCCUUUUUGUCACCUGAAUUUCCAAAGUGUGGAUGCGCAAAUCCUUUUUGGCGGAGGAAACCUUGAAAAGUCCAAGUGGAGCCGAUAAAGUUCGCCUUUCCAAAAUGGGCCAAGGGCCAGUGGCAUCAUUCAUCGAAGAGAAGGACGCGACGUCGGCUCUUCGGGAAAUUCCCGACUCGGCAGACGCCGUCCAGUCCGGUCCGAUCCGAUCAGGCCCUGACUCAUUCCUCGGGCUCCGCCGCGGCGCAGACACCAGAAAGCGGGCGUCCCGUUUUAAUUUCCUUCCUUCCUUCUUCUUCUUCUCCUUUUCGGAAUCGUCUGAGACGGCUGCCCGACGCGACUUCCAACGUGAUGGCUUUUCAUUAAAAUUCAAAGUUCACAGUGUGAGGAGCGUCGGGGAGUCCAGACCGUCUUCCGGGCCGCCCCCGUCGGCGUCGUCCAGGCCGAAGGAGAAGACGGCGCGGGUGCGGAAGUCGCCGCCGGGAGGCGCGCUCAGGCACGGGAGGUCGUCGGCCACCGACCUGCGCGAGGUUUCCCGGUCGGGCAGGCGCAGCGGCUCGCUCAGGUCUCCGACGUCGGGCACGAAGGGCGUCUCCGGGACCGGGUCGUCCUCGGGGUCCGCCGGGGUCUCGUCGUCGUCGCCUCUGGAGCGCAGCAGGACGUUGGAGUUGCCGCAAAUGGCCGCGGCCGGGACGCGGGGGUCCUCGUUGUCGCUUUCAGGUGACGCCAUUGCGACGUCCCGCUCUUCCUCUUCCUCCAUUUUGCAGGAGGACAGAACCCGCUCCAGUCGCUCCUUCUCCUUCAGGAGCUCGUCGAUCUCCGACCGGAGGCUCGACUUCUCGUCUUCCAGUUGCUUGCAGGGCGUCGGUCAGCUGCCGCCGCCUGUUCCGGCAUUUCGCUGCAGCGAUUUUGUUCCUCUCCCGCCGGAUCUGCCUCCCGUCGUCGUCGUCUUUGCAAUGCUGCGGAUGUGCACACGAAAGCCAAAUGGAAAGGACGCAAACUCAAACGUGGGAUGCACCCCAAAAGUUCAACUUGGAGUUCAGCGUCAAAACAGUCAACAGGAAAAUAUUACCGUGUACCUACAUGACAGCAGCAAAUGGAUUCUUGGAAAUGAACGCGGCGUGCAAACGUCAGCAGCUCGAAAGCCGAGAGGCGAGAGGAUUCCCUUCCUCGGCCGGGGAACACCUUUUGUCGAGCGGUACCGGGCUGGAAAAGUACAGUGCGGUCCGCACGCACAGGCGCGUCCUGUUGCGACACGGCCGCGCCCGCGACAAUUGACAGAAAGUGCUGCGGCGAUGAUGUUCAACGUGUUCAACCCGGACUGCGACGCCUCGUCCCGGUGCAGCACCGCGUCCCCGGCCGCGGACAGCGCCGGCAACCUGGGCUACUACCACCCGUCCCCGGCCGGCUCCUGCUCCAGCAUGGGCUCUCCGCAAUCGCAGGAUUUCACGGAGCUGACGAGCACGAGCGCCGCCUUCGUCCCCACGGUGACGGCCAUCUCGGCCAGCCCCGACCUGCAGUGGAUGGUCCGGCCGCUGGUGUCCUCGGUGGCCCCCUCUCAGCGGGCGCGCCCCUCGGGCUACCCCCCGAAGGUCUCGGCGCCGUCCCGACCUCACGUGGCCGCCAAGAGAGGCAGGACUGAGCAGGUGAAUGAACAGAUUUCGUCUGCCGGUCGGUCCUCGUCGUUUGACGCGAGAGUUAACGUUUGCUUUGAUUUCUCUCAGGUUUCACCUGAGGAGGAAGCAAAGAGGAAAAUUCGCAGGGAGAGAAACAAGCAAGCGGCCGCCAAAUGCCGCAACAGGAGGCGGGAGCUGACCGACACUCUCCAAGCUGAAACGGAUCAGCUGGAGGACGAGAAGUCCAGCCUCCAGAACGACAUCGCCGAGCUCCUGAAGGAGAAGGAGCGUCUGGAGUUCAUCCUGGCGGCCCACCGGCCCAUCUGCAAAGUGCCCUCCCAGCUGGACUCGGACUUCCCGGCGACGUCCGCCUCCCCGGCCCGCUCUCGCCUCUCUCUCUUUUCCGCCGGCGCGGUGAAACUGAGCGAGCUGGACGCCUCCGUGUUGGAGGAGUCCCUGGACCUGCUGACCGACACCGAGAUGGAGCGCUCGGUCCCCGAGGUGGACCUCUCCGCCUCGCUGUGCGGCGCUCACGACUGGGAGCAGCUGCGGCCGUCGGUGACCAGCGGCGACUUCGAGCCGCCGCUGGUCACGCCCGUGGUCGCCUGCACGCCGUCGGCCUCCUCUUUCGCGUUCACCUUCCCCGAAGCCGACGCCUUCCCCGGCUGCGGGACGGCGCGCAGGCGCGCGAGCGGCGGCAACGACGAGCAGUCGUCCGACUCGCUCAACUCGCCCACGCUGCUGGCCCUUUAAGACCCGACUUGGCGGACGAACUCGGCUGCCUUUUUUACGUUGUAGCACGUUGGAACCGAUACCACCAAGUCAUUUCUUUUUGAAAGGUGCUACGUGAACGUGAAGCCGACAGACUUUCUGUACGUUUUCGGAGCAAUAGUGUGAAUGUGCAGAGACAAAAAAAAAAAAAAAGUCCGGCUGAUCUGUCCUUAACUUUAUAAUAUGUAUCAAAGUUUUCUGUGAAAACUUUUUUUUUUUUUUCUUAAUUUAUGAGAUUUGACUUAUUUUUCUACGACUCCAGCAAACACAACUCCAUGUGAAUGUGACAUUAUAUAUGUAUUGAUGUCAAUAAAAUGUUAGCGAUAUUGAAACAGAUA